AUGUCUUCUAAAGAACGAGGCGAGACCGCUCCCCCGUCGUCAAAAUAUAACAUUUGUCCCGAUUCGACUUGGACCCUGGAGAAGCUUGCAAAUGUGGACAACAUCACCUCUCUGCAACUUGUGAUCGAUCUCGGCGUGGAGAUCGCCGUAUACGGCCACGCGGCGCUUUUCUACGCCAUCUACCGCGGCCAUCAAGAUAUGUCAAAUUUCUCAUUCAGCACGGCGCGAAUCCACAUCUAUCCUCUUCUGCUGGAUAAUGGUGUUCGGCCCGAUAGUCAGGAUCUCGAGCUUGCCGUUAAAAUGAACUCGGAGGAAGCUGUUGCUCUUUUGGAGAAGUUUUCUUAUGAUGAUCUCCCAGAGAGAAUGCGGUUGGUGCAGUUUACCCGGCAGCGAGAGGCGGAGAGGCUUGGUGAUCCUGGGUUUUACCGGUUGGACUGGGAUCAUUGGCGUGCUGGGCCGCGAUUGAGAUUUGGGAGAAUGGGCGAUAAUUAA